UGCGGUGGUCGUGCUGCUGCUGCUGCGAGGCGGGUGGUGGCUGCGGCGGCGGCGGCGGCGUCGGCGGCGGGGCCGGCGGGCUGACUGACCGUCCGCCCGGAACCGCCGGCCUCCUUAGCGUCGCCGUCUUCUCCUUGUCGGCGCUGCAAAAUCAUCGAACAAUGAGUGGACCGAACAUCGGCAAAGCUGGGAGACGCGUGCGCGCGCGGCCAACGAGUUGUAGUGAUGUAAGGCGAUACGCGCGGCUAAUCGAUCGAGCCUGCGCGAGUGUGCGUGCGUUCGCCUGCGCAUUAUUGCCGAGAUAAGAUACAGAGCAGAGACGAGUGGAGCUGCCGAAUUGUCCGAGAGGCGCGAGGCGCAGGUACGCUUGCAGCAGAGUGCGCAAGCGGCGGCGGUGGCGGCAGCACGUGGCCCGAGUGUCGACGGACGACGAGCGAGGAGGAGAGUCAGCUGGCGGUUGGCUAAUCAACAGGCUGGCGCUCUGGGCGCUCGCGCGCCCGUCGGUCUCGCGCGCUCGCUCGGGCAGCGCGUCGCGCACACUCGUCGUCGCCGUCAGUUGGCUGUCGGCUGCGCGCGCGAGCGAUACAUAAGCGCCGCGGAGGGACGCAGGAGGCGCGAGGACAAGAGGAAGAAGAUAACGCGCACAAUCAAAGCCCGCUCGGCCAGGCCGCACGCACUCCCACUACUGCCGGCCGAUUCCGAUUCGCGCGCGACCGAAAAACGCAGAGCAGUCGAGGCGACGACGCGGCGCACGAGAUGUCCCGACAGAGCUCCUUCAUCAGGAAGAACAGCAGCUCGGCGGCCGUAGCCCCGUUCGGCCAGUCGUCACCGGGCCCCGAGGUGCUGCCCCUGCCGGCGGGCAAGGAGCCCGCCUACCGCCAGGAGGGUCGCAAGAUCUACCAGUACCUGGCCACUGUCAUCGCCGGCUCGAUCAUGGCCCAGAGCGGCAUGAACCUGGGCUGGACGUCGCCCGUGCUGCCCAAUCUGUGCAACAACGCCAGCAGCUUCGUGCCCGAGAUCGCGCUGGCGUACGAGGACUGCGAGGGUUCGACGCCCGCCGCCUGGAUCACCUCGCUGAUGCCGCUGGGCGCGAUCGUGGGCGCCGUGCCGAUGGGCAAGGCGGCCGACCUGUGGGGCCGCAAGCCCACCAUCGGCGUGACCGUGAUCCCCUUCCUGAUCUGCUGGCUACUGGCGCUAGCCGUGCCCUUCCUCGGCGAGGGCCUGCGCAUCCCCGUGCUCUACGUGGCGCGCUUCCUCGGCGGCAUCGGCUCGGGCGCCGCAUGCGUGCUCGUGCCCGUCUACAUCGGCGAGGUGGCCGAGCCGCGUAUCCGCGGCACCCUCGGCACUUUCUUCCCCAUCUUCUUCUCGGUGGGCAUCGUCUUCUCGUACGCGGCCGGCGGCUACACCUCCUACCUGGUGUUCAACGGGCUGUGCGCCGGCCUGCUCGUGCCCUUCCUCGUCUCGGUGGUGGUGCUGCUGCCCGAGUCGCCCUCCUGGCUGGUGCAGCGCGGCCGCAAGCACGAGGCCGUGCGCGUGCUGCAGUUCCUGCGGGGCGAACGCUACGACGUCAACCAGGAGAUCGCCGAGAUGCUGGAGGAGAGCGAGCAGUCGUCGGUGAAGGAGGGCGGCUUCCACGACCUGCUCUGCACCAAGCCCGGUCGCAAGGCCAUCGGCACCUGCCUGGGCCUCAUGCUCUUCCAGCAGCUCUGCGGCAUCGACGCCGUGCUCUUCUACACCGUGGAGAUCUUCGAGAAGUCCAAGAGCUCUAUCCCGGCCAACAUCGCCACCAUCAUCAUCGGCCUCAUCGAGGUCGUCAUGGGCGUUAUCGUUGCGGUGACGAUCGACAGGUUCGGCCGCAAGCCCCUGCUCGUGUUCAGCGGCGCCGCCAUGACCCUCUGCCUCGGCGUCCUCGGCUACUACUACAAGCUCAUGGACGCGCACGACGGCAGCGCCGACAACAUCAAGUGGCUGCCGCUGCUCUGCAUCGGCAUGUUCAACGUGGUCUUCUCGCUGGGCUACGGCUCGGUGCCCUACUCCAUCAUCAGCGAGCUGUUCCCGCCCGAGACCAAGGGCAUCGCCGGCAGCAUCAGCAUCAUGACCAACUGGUUCCUCGUCUUCCUGGUUACGCGCACCUUCCACGACCUGUGCCACCUGCUCGGCCAGUCGGUGGCCUUCUGGAUGUUCGCCUCGGUGUGCGCCAUGUCGGCGCUCUUCGCCUACGUGUUCGUGCCCGAGACCAAGGGCAAGACGCUGCAGGAGAUCCAGGCCAAGCUGGCGCGCAGCCGGCGCGAGCGCCGCCUGGCCAGGCUGCAGCCGCAGCGCGCCAAGCAGCCGCAGGCCCAGCCGCUGGCCCCGGCCUGAGCGCGCGCGAGCCACGCGCCCCGUCCGCCGUAGUAUUCGCGCCACGAGACGUUCGCCGCUCGCGGCCGGCCUAUCAGACGAGUAUUCCUCCGCCCGCCGCUUCCCUCCUCGCAUCCCAGCCCCCUCCGGCGCGGCAUCCGCUCGGGGCGCCCGCCAAGCGAGUCGAUUGCUCCAAGCUGCGGUCGACCGAUCGGCUAGCUGGCCGGCCGAUCGAUCACCCAAGUCGCGCGAACUGUCCGUUACGUCUAGCCGGUGAGCCAGUCUCCGCAAGGGUAUCUCGGUUUACUGGUUACAUUAGGUCUUUUCCUCUCCCCCCCUCCCCUCUUACUCUCCCCGACCCUUGUGUGUGUACUGUAUUUAUUAUGUAUACGUACUCGACUGCUGCUGAAUAUCUGCCGAGCUGAUGACUGUAAAUAUGUGAUUACCAUUAACAGUGAAAAGAGGAACCGGGCCUUGGCGAAACUUGCCGAGAUGUGAUUGUCUGGCAAGCAAGGUUAUGUCUGUGUAUACUGGUAUACGAUGCGUAGUACGAUUAUUUUUGACGUGUUACGGGUUAUUACGUAAGAUGCUUUAGGGAAUAACGAUGUUUCUGCGCGCGACGAUAACUCAAUCGAGUCAAGAGAAUAACGACAAGCAAUGAAGAGAAUGCGUGCGUCGAUUUGAGAUGAUCGAGUGCAAGAAAACUCACCGCGAUGAGUGGGUCGUCGGCCGGCAGAGGCUAUCGAUGGCUAUGAAGUAGCCAAACUGCGCUAUCACGGGCGACGGACCUCUAGCGGCCUCCUCCUGUUCGUCCUCGCCCGGCAUCGUUAUCGUUACUCCGACUCUUUACUCGUGUACAUCGAGCCCUCGCCUCGGCUCGAUCUCCGCGUGCCUAUAGCGAUUGUUGUCUCUACUCGACUCUCGUCCUACACGCCAGACGCGAGAGUCGACCCGUGCCAGUGAGGCUGCCGGCGCUGGCCCGCUGUUUUCACAACCCACGGCCGUGUAUCGAUCGACCGAUCAAUAAACUUUUUGGAACUUUGUUCACUAGACUCAGUCGAACCACUGGCAUUUUGAUUCAUUGACCCAGUCCAAACAAAGGGGGCGAAGAUCCGGCGCUGCACGCGGUCUGCGACUGCGAGCUGGCCGCAGCGCUGCAGCAUGCGCCUGAUUCAGCGGCUUAUAAAUAGUGCCGACUAACCCCGCGCGCGCACGCCUCGCUAAUUCUAUCGCAGCGCCUCGCUCACGGCACCUUCGCCGCUUGCCGCCCGAUACCUUUUUCCGCUGGCAUGUCGGCCACAAGGUCAGCGCGGCUUGCAAACAAACCACCUCGGCGAGCGCGGAGCCGAGCGACCAGCGACUUUCUACUCGGCGUUCUCGUCGCGCCAAAAGUGGAGCGCCGGCUAGGCGGCAAGCCGACGAACGACAGGAGCAAUUCAAGCGGGUCUACGGGCCCGCGAGGGUCAACAGUCGCUGCUUCGGCAGUCAGCCGAUCAUUCGACAUUUCCUGCGCGCCUGUCAGUUGGGCGCCGACUGCGAGCAGCCCGAACUAUAUGAACGCCGAUCGGAGCACGUGUGCCGCUAAUUUAUGAUUGACGAUCGGACAGACGGAAGAGGAAGCGCGAGAUGAUGCCGAC